AUGCAGACCCGCAAAGUUAAUACGUAUGGUCGACGCUCUAUUGCAAUCAUAUCUGCACCCACCGGAAUUGGGAACUCUCUUCUUUCAUCACCACAUGUACUAGGGGAACGGCCUCCAUCACCCGACACACCUCUGUCUGAGAUAUCUGCCGGUCUUGUUCUACUACCCAAUUCACCUGGUUCUCCAAUACAAUCGAUUGUGUCUCCUCCGGUCAAAAAUGUAUCCAAGAAAAAGCCCACUUUGGUCGCCCAAUCCAAAAAGGAGAAUAUCAAUUUGGACUUAAGCACUCUCAAUAUCUCUUCACCCCCUGCGACUAAACGCCGAAAGCGUAAGCCCUUGCUCGUGCCAUCGCCCAAGGUCAAGGGAUCGCCCAAGCAGAGUCGAAUGGAUAAGAAGAUGCGAGCAUCACCCAACUCUCCUUUUCGACGAAUACCCCUACAACGGUCCAACCACGUUACGAAUAAAACUCAGAAGUCUACUAUCGGCAUAUCUGAUGACGAAGAUGAUACCAGUCCGAAGAAACCUCUUACCAAAAGCUCAUCUAAACCUCGAGCUACACGACUCGAGUCUAAACGUCCGACCCCUCGAAUAUCUGAUUCUGUAAUGGUUAUAUCCGAUGAUUCCAUUGGCCUGGAAUCCCAUCCCUCGGGCACCUUCACCUCUCUCUUAUCUUCCAAGGACAAGUCCCUUCGACCCCUCUCUCGACAAGAUGCUAUAGUGGGUAGUCCACCAUUCCUUAGACGCAGUAUGUCGAGCUCCCGUCUCAAUGGGAGUGCUCUUCCAAGAAUCAGCUUUGGAGCCACUACAAGUGCUCCCCUUCCCCUUCCUUCAUCCCCCAUCGUUCCGAGCGACGACCUUCCCAGUCCAGUUGACUCAGAUGAUGAAGUCGCGUUCUUAGAUGUUGCUGCGGCUUUGGAGUCUAAUCCAGUGCCUCCCGUAGUUGCCCGAGCCAAGUCAGAAAUUGGCUUCACUCUUCAACAAACUCUACCACCGGCGUCAGGAUCUUUGGGUUUUAUGUCGAAGGAGCCCACUACCCUAACACCCAGACCUGAGCUUAAGGCAAGCAAACCCAGUGGUUCAUCGGGACUGAAACCAGUUCUCGCCUCAACUAAAUCGGCUCCUCUCUCUUCCAGGCCCAGUGUCCUUGUUAUUGAACUCCCAGCUCCUAAGAAGGUUUCCAAGACAGCAGCCAGAAGAGGAGCGACUGAGGAAAAGCCAGCGACCGAACAACCUGCUGCCAAAUCUACAAAGUCACGGGAGCCCGGGCCUACGAAGCGGCCCAGUUCUAAUAGGAAAUCCAAAUCUCCCGAAAAGCAAACAUUCAAUUGCGCGCUACCAAAAGCUCCGCAACCCGGUCCUUCUACAAAGCCAACUUCUGCAAAAAAUUCCACAAAAUCCGUGAGCAAAGCACGGUCGCAGCCCGAACAUGCAUCGUCCCCUUGCUCCACAGGGUUACGAAGCCUUUUGCAGGAAUGCUCUCAGUCUGAACCGAUCGAUUUUGGUGCUUUUGUAGCAACCUUUUCGACUGAUGAUGUACACCUUCGCUUUCCUUGUACCACGGCUGGACCUCGACGACGAUGGCAAAAAAUUGGCGAGGCCAGUUACUCCGAAGUGUUUAGGCUUGGUGGGGUUGUUGUCAAAAUUGUUCCACUGAAGAUGGAGCAUAACGGGUGGAAUGGGGUCGAUGGACCCUGUGUAAGCGAGAUGGCGGAUGUCCAAAAGGAGAUUGCUGCCACACGAGCUAUGGGGGAAAUUCAAGCUGGGUUUAUAAAGCUCGCCAAGGUGUAUGUAGCGUUUGGGUCGUAUCCUCAGGAGCUUCUCGAUUUAUGGGAUGCCUACGAUCGUGAGUUUAAGUCGGAAAGCAUCCGGCCAGAUCUUGAGCAUUAUAGCUUCACACCUCGAACAUCAUGGCGUGCUGCUGCUGGAAUAUUUUGGCAAGUCGCCCGAACUUUGGGGCUUGCGGAAUCUCUUGUCCGCUUCGAGCAUCGCGACUUGCAUUGGGGUCAAAUUCUUGUUCAAAACGUAGCACAAAAGGGAAAAAGUAAAAAUUCAAGAGCCAAAUCUCACUCGAGCAUUAUGGAUUCUCCUGAGCAUAGUGGUGUGCGUGUUACGCUCAUUGAUCUUGGUCUUUCGAGGAUGGAUACCCAUACUGAGCAAGCAUGGUUCACCGAGCUGGAACCAGAGAUAUUCGAAGGUGAAGGAGACUAUCAGUUUGACGUAUAUCGAAUGAUGAAAGCCCACUGCUCGGAGAAUGGACCUGGAGAAGCAGGAGGAUGGGAGGAUUACAGGCCACUGACCAACGUUAUGUGGCUUCAUUACUUGGCACGUCAACUUGUACGCUUUAAAGGCCUUCGCAAACCGGAACAUGCUACUUCAAAGUACCAUACUCCUGAUGAUGUAGAUGCCGAGACGCGGGCCUUCAGGUGUCUGAUCGAGGUCGAGCAAACUCUGGCCGAGUCGAUAGUUCGAGUAGGUGGAUCGGCCGUUUCAAAAGCAGGGGGAAGCACCUUAGUGAAGUCCGCCAAGUGUGUGGUCAAACCAACUCCCAAGUUGGCCACGGCCCAACAGGUGGUACGAUGGGGAGCCGAUAAAAAGUGGAUACAACCUGCUUGUGGAUCCAUAGACGAAAGUCACUACGUGUAA